UAUAUGCUACUGGAAUAAAUCUUUUUCAUUCUGAACAGAGUUCCUUGUACUGGAUAUUCCUUAUGGCUAGCUGAAAAAAGAAUUACUUGGAAAACCUUUGUAACAUCUUUUCACUGCAGACUUCAUUCCGGAAUAUUUUUGCUCAUAGAAAGAAUGGGCAGAUAGUUGCAAAUCAAUCUUCACCACAUAUAAGCUAACCUGUGGAGACUGAAGAAUGGAAAUAUUUGAUGACAGCCUUCUUGAGAAUGGAACCAAUAUUUCUGCUUUCCUGUGUGAUAUUGUCAUGGAAAAUGAUACGUUUUUCUGUGUGGAUGACUCACCUCAUCCUGCUAAAGAUUUACAUCAGACAGUUCGAAUUCUGCUAUAUUCGUUGAUAUUUUUGCUCAGUGUCGUGGGGAACACACUGGUAAUUAUAGUGUUGAUAAGAAACAAAAGGAUGAGGACCGUCACUAACAUAUUUUUGCUGUCGCUGGCUGUCAGCGACCUAAUGCUUUGCCUUUUCUGCAUGCCUUUCACCCUCAUUCCCAACCUGCUGAAGGAUUUUAUAUUUGGUAGUGCUGUUUGUAAAACUGCCACCUACUUCAUGGGUGUUUCAGUAAGUGUAUCUACGUUCAACCUGGUUGCCAUAUCUUUGGAGAGAUACAGUGCUAUUUGCAAACCCUUGCAGUCCAGGGUAUGGCAGACAAAAUCUCAUGCCUUGAAGGUGAUUGCUGCUACCUGGUGUCUCUCCUUUACCAUCAUGUCACCAUACCCAAUUUACAGCAAACUUGUGCCUUUUACAAAAUAUAACAACAGUACAGCUAACAUGUGUCGCCUCCUUUGGCCAAGUGAUGUCAUUCAGCAGUCGUGGUACAUUUUCCUGAUGCUCAUCCUCUUUCUUAUACCUGGUAUUGUAAUGAUGAUUGCAUAUGGCUUAAUCUCUUUGGAACUAUACAGGGGAAUAAAGUUUGAUGUCAGCCAGAGAAAAUCUUCACGAGAAAGGAAAGCCAGCACCAGUAGCAACAAAUAUGAGGAUGGAGAUGGAUGCUACCUGCAGAAAACCAAAAAGAAGAGAAAAAUGCCACUGCAACAGCUUUCUGCCACCAGCAGCACCAAAAUAGACAGGGUCAGAAGCAACAGCUCAACUGCCAACUUGAUGGCCAAGAAGCUUGUCAUCCGCAUGCUGAUGGUGAUUGUGAUUUUGUUUUUCCUUUGCUGGACUCCCAUCUUCAGUGUAAAUGCCUGGCGUGCAUUUGACACCACAUCAGCAGACCAACUUCUCUCAGGAGCUCCUAUCUCCUUUAUUCAUUUGCUCUCCUACACUUCUGCCUGUGUGAACCCCAUCAUCUACUGCUUCAUGAACAAGCGCUUCCGCAUGGGCUUUUUGGCCACUUUCACCUGCUGUCCCAAGCAGAAGCCUCCAGUAGUAAGAGGAGAGAUUGGAGAUGAGGAAGAGGGGAAGACCACAGGGGCAUCUCUCUCCAGGUAUUCUUACACACACAUGAGUGUGUCUGCUCCCCCAUGAACUGCUAUAGAAAAGGAAAGGUUAUACAUGACCAAGAGAAAUUCAAACUCUUAUCUUCUUGUCUCGUCUUGGAAAGGCGACUAAGGUUUGAUUUAUAACAUGACUUAGUUCUGAAGAGAUGAAAACACCACAGUUAAGCAAUUAGCUGGUAGGAAAUACCGGGGGAAUUGUAUGGGCCAGGGACACUGCUAGGGUCUGUGCUUUGUGUCACCUCCAUUUCUAAAAAGAGACUGGAGCUUUUAGACUCUGUGGAGGUAAAGGAUUUUGAAACCAGCCCUCCAGCAUGGUGCAUUUGUACUAAAGCCUCCUGUAAACAUAUGCUAUAACUUGAAGGUGUCCUUUCCACCGGAAGUUUGGCUCACUCUUUUCAUGCAAAAUUGCAGUUUUUAGAUAUCGCUCAGAGUAUCUCUUGAUAUUUCCAAGACACUGAUAGAUUGGGGUUCCUUAUCAGUCCUGAUUACAAAUUUCUAUUUUUAUAUUUUAUGGUUAAAUACCAAUUCCAUGAAAUCAAAAUAUAUUGGCUAUUUUCAUAGAACUUUAUCAUCCUUAUUUUAGCUGAGCUACCACCCUUUGAAAUUCUUGGUUUAAUGGUCAGUUAAAAAGAGGAUAUUCCUGGAGAAAAGGAAGGGCUAUUGAUCGAAAGCAAUGGGUCCAGGACACUUUUAAACUAGAUUUAUUUCAAUUUUUUUUUUAAAGUUAACCAGGGAAAUAAAGGCUAGCAACUUUAAAGGCAGAUGAAAUACACUUCUUCCAGACAGCAGCCUAUGUCAGCUUUUGAAGUGUUAUAAGUAUUCUGACAGUUUUACAUAUUUUAGCUUUAAAUAGCAAGCGGAAUGUCGAAAGGCCUGACUUUCUUCUGUGCACAUGCAUAUACUGGUGCACACACUUUUCCGCACCCAUGCAUGCAAGUGACAGAGUUUAACACCAGCCCAGUUGAGUGUGUAGAGAUGCUAUUACCAGCACACACAGGUGCGAGUGAUGGAAAAGUGCACACAGAGGUGUUAGCACACACAACUUUGCAUAUACGAAAAGGAUACUGGGGUGAAGUCCUUUGGAAAAAUCAGGCCUGAGAUAUUAAACGUAAAUUGUUGCAACAACAACUUUUACAGCAUAUCCACAAUCACACUGUGGUAUUGCCCACACACGAAAGUAGAAAUGGUUAAAUGGACAAAGGAAGUAAACAACAAUAAAAAGCAAGGACUGAAGGAUUGGGCAUGACGUCAAAAAUGUCUAUGGAUUUAUGUGUAGACGAUGGAAGGAUUUCUCUCUCCUGAUAUACAUAUAAGUGUAUAAACA